UUAGGGUUUCUGUCUUCCAAGCGCCUACAAAAGCGCGAGUUCGCUCUGGGGCGGGCCUCCAAAACCGUCGAUUAGGGAUUUUGCGGAAGCGCCAGAGGCAGGCAGAUAGAGAGAUAGAAAUGGGAGUUUUCACGUUCGUCUGCAGGAGCUCCGGCGACGAGUGGAGCGCCAAGCAGCUGUCCGGCGACCUGGAGGCAUGUGCUGCUUCCACAUACGAGUUGCAGAGGAAGCUCGUCCAGACGGUUCUCACUGUCGACUGCGCCGGCGGAGUUCAGUCCUCGUUCUCUAUCGUCUCCCCUUCUUCCGCUGUUUUCCAGGUGAUUGUUGGUGGAGGUGGUGGCGGUGCUUUCAUUGGAGGCGGAGGUGGUGCUGCUCCAGCUCCGGGAGGUGGCGCCCCAGCUGCUGAAGCACCUCCGGCAGAGGAGAAAAAAGAAGAGAAAGAGGAGAGUGAUGAGGAUAUGGGUUUUUCACUCUUUGAUUAGUUCACAUAUCUAAACACUAUGCUCUACCAAGUUUUGAACCGAGCCUUGAUUUCUGAACGUUUUAUAUAAUUAAACUUUUGGAUUUUAGUUUAGAUGAUCUGUCAGGUAGUUUCAUGCAUUGAAUCUUUGUUGGACAGCGUGUGGAUUUUAUUGAGUUCUGUUGUAAUGGGUUUUUUUCCCGUUUUAACA